ACUACAACAACUGCCAAUACCUUAGUUGAGUCUACAAACACAGUAGCUAGCAGUACUACAACAGAACCCAUAACCACAACUGCAGCUACCUCUUCACCUGAACCGACUACUACAACAACUGCCAGCACGUCAGCUGAGUCUAUAACCACAACAGCCACCACUAUGGUAUGAGAACCCACAACAACUGCCAACACCCCAACUGAGUCUACAACUACAUCAGUGACCAUUACUGCCACCACCUCAGCUGAGUCUACAAGCACAACAGGCACAACAACUGGCACAAACCCAUGUGAGUCUACAACCACAACAGCCACCAUACUGCAACAGAACCCACAAUGACAACUGCAGCUAGCACCUCACCUGAAACAACUACUACCACAACUACUAGCACCUCAGCUGAGUCUACAAGCAUCACCUUUAUCCUACUGCCAUAGAACCGAUAACCACAACUGCAGCUACCACCUGACCUAUGCUGGCUGCCACAACUUCCAAGACUUCAGUUUAGUGUACAACUCCAGUGGCCAUGACUGUUGCAGUGGAACUGACAACUACAGUGGCAGAUACCACCUCACCUAAACAGACUACCACAACACCUGCAAGCACCUCAACUCAGUCUACCACCAUGGAUGUAGCUGCCCCUUCACCUGAAAUGACUACUACAACAACUGGAUGCACCUAAACUGAGUCUACAACCACAGCAGGAGCCACCAUCUCUCCUGAACUGACUCCCACAAUGACUGCUAGCACCUCAACUGAGUCCACAACCUCAGAAGCAGCUACCAAUUCACCCGAACAAGCUACCACUGCUGCCAGCACCUCAGCUGAUCCUAUGGCCAUGACAGCAGCCAUGACUUCACCUGAUCCUUCUUUCACAACUUCUGCUAGCUCUCUAAAUGUGCCUAUUACCACAACAGUCACCCCCUCUACAAUAGAAGCUAUAACCACUGCCGCAGCCACAACUCCACCUGGACCAACAGUCAUAACAACUGCCAGAAUUUCAUCUGAGUCUACAACCACAAUAGUUACAACUAUUGUAACAGAACUCACAACCACAGUAGCAGCCACCACUUCAACUGAACUGCCUACUACCACCACUGCUAGUACUUCAGCUGGGUCUUCUUCCACCACCAGUGUCCCUACUUCUACAACAGAACCUAUAACUACAGCUGCAGGAAACAGAACCAGGGUAAAUAGGUUGAAGUGACUAAGAGGAAGAUUUUUCUCUCAAUAUAGAGAAGAAUGAUCUAGCAAUGAGAGUCAACCCAAUAUUGAACCCUAGAAAACAGAUGAACCCACUGGAACUCAGCUCAUGGAGGCUGGAAGACAGACUUCACCUUCAUUCAUUGAAGUUUGAUCUGAAUCACUAAGAUCCUUCUUUUAUCUCAAACUUAUCUAUAUACUUUUAUAAUAGCAAAGAACAUUAUCAUUGAUAUUAACUAAAUGAACUUUGAAAUUUACAAUUGAAAGUCAAAGAGUAUAUAUAUAACCAAAUGUAAUAAGAUCAAAAUGCCAACUCCCUUAGGUCAAGUCCUUGUCUGUUUUUCUUACUGCUGUGUGAAUCCUCGUUGCCCAGAACAAUAUCAAGUCUAUAUUAUGUUCUCAGACAUUUGUGAAUGAAUUAACAAGAGACAAUAAUCAUCAACAAAAACAUAUUUGACAUUUUAAGUAGACUUGGAAUGUAAUCUAGUAUAGUUUGGAAUCAGAAAAAUCACUAAUAAAGGUCAAAACAUAUUUUUCAUCUUCUCAAUAUCCCAUUUUGAGUA